GGCAGCCUUGUGCUGUUUUUGUUUUGUCUCAUGCCUCUAAAAUCCCAUCUCUUCUUCAUCUCCCCAUAGACGAAAGUUGAGUUGGGGCUGUAUGUGUUUGAGUCUAUGUGAGCUUUCCUUGGGGUGGGUGUCCAUAGAUUUGCUCCAAAGUUAGAGAAGGAUGGCUCUAGAUGCUGUGGUCUUCCCACAAGACCUCUUUGGUUGCACCAUGAAGGAGCUCUACACCAUUGGAGGAGGAGCAUCGAACUACGGUUUUGGUGGAGUGAAAGACAAAGGGGUAGUCCUAGAACGCGAGAUUGGUGGUAGUGGUAGUGGUUGUGGGGUGAGGCAAGAGCAAGGGAGGGGGAGGGUCGAUGGAGUGCAUGGGAACUGGGACUCCUUUUGCUCCUCCUUGGUGCAAAACCUUGAGGAAUGGGAUGUGAAUUCCUCACCACCAUCGGAGACGGGUGCCAAGGAUGAGGGCUUCGCACCGGCCCAGGAGGCGGCGUUGGGCGGCCGAAGGAAGAGGCGGCGCACCAAGAGUUUCAAGAACAAGGAGGAGGUGGAGUACCAGAGGAUGAGCCACAUUACGGUGGAGCGCAACCGGCGAAAGCAGAUGAACGAGUACCUCGCCGUGCUCCGCUCCCUCAUGCCUCCCUCCUAUGUGCAAAGGGGUGAUCAAGCAUCAAUAAUUGGUGGCGCCAUAAAUUAUGUCAAAGAACUUGAGCAACUUCUCCAAUCUCUUGAAGCUCAGAAGCGACUCAAACAAAGAUCUGAUGCAGCUCCAUUUGCUGAUUUCUUCACCUUUCCACAGUACUCAUCAUCCUCGUCUUGUAGCACGCAUAGCACUGCAAUUACCUCCGCUGCCACCGCCACCAACAACAACAUAAGAGAGGCGAUGGCAGAGAACUGGCCGGCCGUUGCUGACAUUGAGGUAACCAUGGUGGAGAGCCAUGCCAAUCUCAAGGUCCUCUCGAGGCGACGACCCAAGCAGCUGCUCAAGUUAGUGGUGGGCUUGCAGAGUCUGCAGCUCACAACACUCCACCUCAAUGUGACCACCAUGGAUCAAAUGGUUCUCUACUCAUUUAGUCUCAAGGUAGAAGAUGAUUGCCGAUACACAUCGGUGGACGAGAUUGCAACUGCAGUCUAUCAAAUGCUUGGGACGAUUCAGGAGUCUGGUCUUAACUAAUUUGCAUGUAAUCCGACCGCGCCAUAUUGUUGCACUCUCGUGUUCUAAUAUAUUUUUUAGAAUCUUGUUUGCUGCUUGCUUAAAUGCUAAUGGUUACAAUGCCCGGUAGUAUCUAGCCCUUGGAAAAGUAAAGCUAUAUUUAACCGAAGAGACAUGCUCAGUACCCUAUGAAAUCUUAUAAAACUAUCACUUAUGUAGCCGAUUCAAAAUGAAACCUAUCGAUCAAUUAUUUCAUAUCUGAUUAAAGAGUACAUCGACAGAUCUGAGCAAAGAUGCAGGAGAGAUGAAGUGGGCAUAACAUGAGCACGGAUCUCUAUUUCCUUUUCAAUGAAAGCCACCUAAUUGAGGGAAGAGAAUAGUUGUUAUUAAAGUUGUAAAGCAGCUGAACUUUUGAGUUGUGAUGAUGGGAAUUGACAGUGAGAGGUAGAGCUUGUGAUGAUGUUGGGAUCCAAUGGGUCUAGAUGUGGGCUCAAAAAGGGUGAGACCACCCAAAAUGAAGG